UUUGGGCUUCGUCGACCAUUCUUCAAGCAGAAAACUUCGAACAAACCUGCGGUCGUCUGUAUCUACCCAUUCUCACUACUGAGUUUCCGGCCAUCGAAGAGAGAACAACCAGUCUACUCAGCCCGAUCCUCGAUCUCCCCUCUUUUCUUAAUUGACCACCAUGACCGACGCAUUGGCCUCUCAGCUGAAUAACACUACUAUAGGGGAUGCAAGCUCAGACACGAAAUGGAAGGAGCAAUUAAAUGUCCCCGCCAAAGAUGCAAGGCCGCAAACUGAGGAUGUCACCGCCACGAAAGGCUUGGAAUUUGAAGACUUCUACAUCAAACGUGAACUCAUGAUGGGUAUAUUCGAGGCUGGUUUCGAAAAGCCCUCUCCAAUUCAGGAAGAGACGAUACCAGUCGCUCUCACGGGCAGAGAUAUCUUGGCGCGGGCCAAGAAUGGUACAGGGAAAACAGCAGCCUUUGUCAUUCCUACCUUGGAACGCAUAAACCCCAAGAGCACGAAAACACAGGCCCUUAUCCUUGUUCCUACGAGAGAACUGGCGCUGCAGACGUCGCACGUUUGCAAAACCUUGGGAAAGCAUCUAGGCAUCAAUGUUAUGGUCACUACUGGAGGUACUGGCUUGAUGGAUGACAUUAUUAGAUUGAAUGACGCAGUCCACAUCCUUGUUGGGACCCCGGGAAGAGUCCUGGACCUGGCUAGCAAAGGCGUGGCUGAUCUCUCCGAAUGUCCUACAUUCGUCAUGGAUGAAGCCGACAAGUUGCUGUCGCCUGAGUUUACGCCAGUUAUCGAGCAACUGCUAUCAUUCCACCCUAAAGACCGCCAAGUCAUGCUCUUCAGUGCUACUUUCCCAUUGAUUGUGAAAUCAUUCAAAGACAAACACAUGCGCAAUCCAUAUGAAAUUAAUCUCAUGGACGAGCUCACCCUUCGCGGAAUUACGCAGUAUUAUGCUUUCGUGGAGGAGAAGCAGAAGGUCCACUGCCUGAACACACUAUUUUCGAAGCUACAAAUCAACCAGUCGAUAAUAUUUUGCAACUCUACCAACCGCGUUGAAUUACUUGCGAAGAAGAUUACAGAACUAGGAUAUUCCUGCUUCUACUCCCAUGCAAGGAUGCUUCAGCAACAUCGCAACCGAGUUUUCCACGAUUUUCGGAAUGGCGUCUGUCGUAACCUUGUUUGCUCCGAUCUUCUGACUCGAGGUAUUGACAUCCAAGCCGUCAAUGUUGUCAUAAAUUUCGAUUUUCCCAAGAACGCUGAAACUUACCUCCAUCGAAUUGGCCGAUCUGGCCGCUUUGGACAUCUCGGUCUUGCUAUUAAUCUUAUAAACUGGGAAGACCGGUUCAACUUGUACAAAAUUGAGCAGGAGCUCGGCACUGAAAUCCAGCCAAUUCCGCAGAAUAUCGACAAGAAACUUUACGUCUAUGACUCACCGGACACCAUUCCGCGCCCUAUCGCCAACCCUUCACAACCUCCGAUUACCACCACAGCCGUUAAUACGAAUGCUGGCGAACGUCGUCACAACCAUCAUAUGAAUGGUGGGUCAUAUCAAUACGGCAGGGGCCGUGGCUCUUAUCGCGGAGGUCGAGGGCAAGGCCAGCGUCGCAGCAUGCAAAACGAGACCAAGUUCAGCACUCAAGGGCAGUCUAGUGGCAAAUCCCACCCCGCACAGGUGUCCUAAAACAACUACUAGACUAGCAGCCGGAGCAAAUACUUUUGUGCCUCCUCUUCCGCUCCCUUUCUCGCCCCUGUGCUUUUUCUCUUUGCCCUUUUAUUCUACUUGGAGUUCUUUCUUUUCUUAAGACCCCCUCUUGUUCGGAAAC